AUUCCAGGAAUAAACGACCUGGGUUCACUUCGAUUUCCUGGACCCCCCCACCCCACGAAACCUUAGUACUUGCACUGGAACAAUUAUAUGCCCUAGGGGCCCUCAAUCAUCACGGCGAAUUAACUAAAUUGGGGUCGAAGAAUGGCCGAAUUCCCGGUUGACCCGAUGAUGGCCAAAAUGCUGUUGGCCUCUGAAAAAUACAAAUGUUCGGAAGAGGUCGUGACUAUUACCGCGAUGUUGUCGGUUAAUGGAGCAAUUUUUUAUAGACCUAAAGAUAAGAUUAUACACGCGGAUACGGCCAGGAAGAACUUUAAUAGCAUAUUUGGAGAUCAUUUGAGUUUGUUGAACGUGUACAACCAAUGGCGGGACACGGAUUACUCGUUGCAAUGGUGCUACGAAAAUUUCAUACAGUAUAGGUCCUUAAAGAGGGCAAGGGACGUAAGGGAACAACUGGUAGGUUUAAUGCAACGGGUCGAAAUUGAUAUGGUAUCAAACGUGAGCGAGACCAUAGACAUCCGAAAAGCGAUCACGGCCGGCUACUUUUAUCAUAUCGCCCGCCUAUCCAAGGGCGGACACUAUAAAACUGUGAAACAUAACCAGACUGUAACGAUUCAUCCCAAUAGCGCCCUAUUUGAGGAGCUUCCCAGGUGGGUUCUGUACCACGAGUUGGUGUUUACCACGAAAGAAUUCAUGCGUCAAGUGAUAGAGAUCGAAAGUAAAUGGUUGCUUGAAGUUGCCCCACAUUACUAUAAACCUAAAGAGUUGGAAGAUUCGACUAAUAAAAGGAUGCCGAAGAAUGUGGGGCGAAGUACGAGGACUGAAUGAUUUUUUUUAAAAUUUGAUUAUGUUAAAUAGAGAAGUGUAACAGUA